UCCAGUUUAACUGUGUGAUAUAGCAACUACAACAACAAACUCCCGGAUCCUCGCUCAGAGCGCAGGAGGAUCCAUGUUUCGCUGCAAUCAUGACUGAUACACAAAGAAGUGUCGGAAAUGCAACAGAUUUAAAAAACGAGGGCAGCUAUGAAAUCUCUAUUCCAUUUGAAGACAAUAAUACAGACCCGGCUGGUUUCUACAACCAGACUGACCAUGAGUUUGAUGAAACUACUUCCCAGACUUCCUACAAUCCAUAUCUACUGAUUUCCAACCUUCGUGCCCAGCUACAGAUCUCUUUGGAAAAGAACUCAUGGCUACAGAAGCGCAUUGAGGAUCUAGAAGAGGAAAGGGAUUUUUUGCGCUGCCAGCUGGACCGGUUUAUCUUCACCACUAAGAGUCAAGAGAGGAAUGAUCUUCCAUCUGAAGUUGCACAAAAACAGACUCCACAGAAGAACCCUUGCAGACCGUCUACUCCACCUCCGACACCCAUGGUGACACGCUCUGGACAGAUUCCCACACGCAGACCAAAGCUAAAGCAUAGAAAACGCAAAAACAGUUGUGUUCAAGAUGAGGAGGACGACGAUGAUGACAUCAUGGCGGAAGAAGAAUAUCUGGAGGAGGACGGUUACCUAGAAGAGGAGGAAAUUGUUUCGGGUGGUGACGACUCCGACAAUAAAAGCAGCAAAAGAAGCAGAUCGAAAAGCAAGUCCAACGGCGGCCAGAUGAGAGUCAAAAGGACUCGGGUUUUUCGCAUUGCACGCGGAAUGGAGAGACAGAGAGUAAAAGAUCCCUCCGGAGUCCUCCUUCGCUACAAGAAGAUUCUGGUGACCUACCAGAAGCUGAAGAGCAUGUCCAGAGCCUUUCAGGUUCACGGGGUGGACCGUAACACAGUCGCUUCGACCACUCCCAUAGCAGAGCUGCUCCUGGUGGCCCCCGAGAAAGUUUCCGAGGUUGGCGAGUUCGAUUCCUCCAAGGAGAAGCUUUUAGACUAUGCACGGCGUUGUUACAAGGCCCUGGACGAGGCCUCUCACGCCAAGGUACAGGCUUUGAAGAAGAACAACCUUUUACUGCCCAUUUCCUACAGAUUUAGGAACUGAUCUACUUAAAAUACAACAACUAUUUCUUUAAAAAUGCUGCAGUGAGUUAUGGAAGGGGAGGCUUCAAGGUUGCUGAUCUGAUGUUGCCGAGUCUAAACAAGGAACUCUGGUCAUAAUGGGGUUUUUUUUUCUUUGUACCUCUGCUGUGGGUCUUGAGUGGUUUUGUCUUUGUUUUUUUGUAGUUUGAGUGUCUCUGAUCAGGUCGGACAGCAUAAAAUAAAUAAAACUAAGAAGAUUAAGCAGCAAUAAUGUGAAAUAAAAAGUAAU